AUGUUUCCUCUCCUCCCGCUGGAACUUUACCUCAAAAUUGCAAGCUACAUCGACGAGGAUGACACUCCCACUCUUUACUCUUGCAUCCUCGUUAAUCGACAAUCAUUCCUCGGCUAUAUUAACAUUCUCUGGCGCAAACCAUUUCACAUAGCUCACCGUCUUCCCAGGCACAAAGUAGUAAACUUGGUUAAAGUGUGCGUCUCUACUUUUACGGCGGACGAGAAACGACGAUUGACCGCACGGGGUCUCAGAUUUCCGACCCAAUCCUCGCCGCCGCUUAUUAAUUAUAUUAAAUUUAUCGAGUAUGUGUCCGAUGCAUACAUCAUUGAGGCGUUGACGCAUUUUCACGGAGUAUCAACAAUCGAAUUAUGGAAACUUUUGAUAGAAAAGCUGGUUAAUGAUGCUGCAAAAAUUAAAUGUCUUGAGAUUCGGAAUUUUGCCUUGUAUUGGUCAUGUAUGCGGUUGGAUCAAACUCUGUUUAUGAUGCGUGAAGUCAAAGUACUCAAAGUAAAGAGAAUUACCAGGGAACAAGUGAAAAUAUUAGCAAAAUUCGUGGCAAUACAGAAUAGUUUGUGGGAAGCAUUCUUUGGAGAAGUAUAUACUGGGAUAGGAGAAAUAAUAGAGGCUUUAGAAGAUUAUAGAGAGAAAAAGGGGUCUUUAUUGGAUUAG